AUGGACGACGAAUCGAUACAACAUAACGUCGCGUUUCAAGGAUUCAACACUACGAGAUUAUUAGAAGAAUCGAAAAACAUAAAUCCAAACAUAUUGAAACUCUAUCAACUUAACAGAAAAGUUGACGGUUUGGCUUUUUAUUCGCUUAUAGUAGCCUACACAUUCCUCAUACUCGUGGGUACCUUCGGUAAUUUUUUGGUUGUUUACGUAAUAAUAACAAAACCGGCAAUGAGAACCGUUCGUAAUUUAUUUAUAUUAAAUUUAGCGAUAAGCGAUUUAUUAUUGUGUUUGAUAACGAUGCCGUUGACACUCAUGGAAAUACUAACGAGGUACUGGCCUCUGGGUCACAACGGUUUCAUAUGUAAAAUGAUAGGAACGUUCGAAGCCAUAAGCAUAUUCGUAUCCACGUUUUCGAUAACGGCUAUAGCACUCGAUAGGUAUCAAGUGAUCGUGUAUCCAAUGAGAGAUUCCCUACAUCAUUUGGGUGCUUUGAUUGCACUCGGUGGUAUUUGGCUAUUAAGCGGAGUACUCGCGAGUCCCAUGUACUUUUGCAGAAAGUUGGACAUACUACAAGACGUUAAUUUCACACAAAUCGGUUUAGACGGUUUGGCUUAUUGUUUGGAAGAUUGGACCAUACCUCACGGACGAGCUUUGUAUUCCAUAUUUGUUUUGAUAAUACAAUACGUCGUACCUAUCGUUAUUGUGUCCGUUGCUUAUUCGCGGAUAUGUAAAAAAUUACAAUAUAGGUACGUGAGAAAAUCACGUGAAGAUAGAAGAAGAAAAACGAAUUCGUUAUUUAUUGCGAUUGCCUUAGUCUAUUGCAUUUCCUGGUUGCCGUUGAAUUUAUGUAACGUCGUAUAUGAUGCUGCGAAUCCUUUCGGUGAAGAUUUUCACACAACAAUCGUUGUUUUUGCCGUUUGUCACAUGAUGGGUAUGUCUUCUGCUUGUUCGAAUCCUUUCCUGUACGGAUGGCUUAACGAUAAUUUCAGAAAAGAAUUUAAAGGUGAGUGUUUUUCUUUUUUUUUUUCAUACCAUAUCUCGCGUCGUGUCGUUAGAAUAAUAAUUUUUUCCAAAUUAUUAUUAUUAUUAUUUUAA